UUGCCAAGCAGCAUGUCAGCUUCCAACAUCAGUGAUAACAGCCUCCCCGACACUCUGUUUCUGACGGGGAUCCCAGGAAUGGAGGACAGCCACAUAUGGAUCGGUAUCCCAUUUGGCAUUGUGUAUGUGGUGGCACUGGCUGGGAAUGCUGCCCUUAUCUUGGUUAUUGUGACAAAUAAUGCUCUUCAUGAGCCCAUGUAUCUCUUCCUGUGUCUUCUCUCCCUCACUGACCUGGCCCUCAGCUCCACGACAGUGCCCAAGACACUGGCUAUUUUGUGGUUCCAUGCUGGUGAGAUUUCCUUUAAUGGUUGCCUAGCCCAGAUGUUUUGUGUCCAUUCUAUCUAUGCUGUGGAGUCCUCAAUUCUUCUGGCCAUGGCCUUUGAUCGAUAUGUGGCUAUCUGUGACACUCUGAGAUAUACAACCAUCCUCAACCAUAGCGUCAUAGGUAGAAUUGGCUUUGUUGGGAUAUUCCGUAGCAUAGCAGUUGUUUCUCCAUUCAUCUUCUUGCUGAAGCGAUUACCCUACUGUGGGCACCGUGUCAUGGCACACACUUACUGUGAGCACAUGGGCAUUGCUCGCCUGGCCUGUGCCAACAUCACUGUCAACAUUGUCUAUGGGCUGACUGUUGCCCUGCUGGCUGUGGGUUUAGAUUCUAUCCUCAUUGCCAUCUCCUAUGUCUUUAUCCUGAGAUCCGUCUUUCGCCUGCCAUCUCGUGAUGCCCGGAGCAAGGCUCUGAGUACCUGUGGCUCCCACCUUGGGGUCUUUCUUGUCUUCUACAUUCCUGCUUUCUUCUCAUUCCUCACUCACCGCUUCGGUAGACACAGUGUUCCCAAGCAUGUACACAUCUUUCUGGCGAAUCUCUAUGUUCUGGUGCCUCCUGUACUCAACCCAAUCAUCUAUGGUGUCAAAACCAAGGAGAUCCGGAGUCGGCUUCUUAGAAUGCUUCACUUGAGGAAGGACUUAGUGUGA